AUGCCUAAUCCACGUGGUAAGGAAAUCAACGACAAGACUUACAACGAUUCUGAAUUCACUCGACAAAGAGAAGAUGCGGAACAAAUUAGAAAUCAGAUCAGGCAAUGCGUCCCAGCUCUGUUCCCUGAAGAAGAGGAAGUCUUUACAGCAAAAAAAAGGUUCAAUAAUGCAAAAGUUUCAGCGCAAGAACGCUCCCCGCCUCCGUCACAUAAGAAAAAACCCUGCACGAUAGAUGGAACCUCUAUAAUCAAGUUGGAUGAAUCACCUCGUCGCUCUUCGAGAAGGGGAUCAGCUUUCUGGAAAUAA